AUGACUAAAAGCAACGGAACUAGAAAGAAAGUCAAGCUUUCUUAUAUUCUCAAUCGCACUCUGAGAAAAGCUUCGUUCAAAAAGAGAAAAGCUUGUAUUGUGAAGAACUUAGAUGAACUCACUACCCUAUGCGGCGUUGAAGGUUGUACAAUCAUUUAUAGUGAAUUUGAUUCACAACCUGAUGUAUGGCCAUCUACAAAUGAAGCACGAAGAAUAAUUACCAAAUACUUGGGUUUUCCGAAGAUUGAUCAAGUAAAACGAAGGGUCAACCAAGAGACUUUCACAAGGCAAAGGAUCGAAAAGGUGCAAGAGAAACUGAAAAGACAACAAAGAGAGAACCGUCAUAAAGAAAUGACGUAUAUCAUGUUUCAAUCCAUGAUAAACCCACUAACAGCAUUGUCAAAUUUGAAUGUGGAGGGUUUUGAGGACCUAACUAGGGUUGCCAGUCAAUACUUAAUGGAGGUUGAAAAGUUGAUGGAGAUUCACAUGGGAUUCCAACCUCCUCCCAAUACGGAUUUUCAACAGACCAGCAUGGGAUUUCAGACUCUGCUCACUGAUUUCCCACAAAAUGACUUGCCUUACAUGGAUCCCAAUGUGGGAAUGCCCGACCCGAGCGACUUACCCCCAUUUCCUUGA